AUGGCCGCAGGUAACUUUUUUUUUGUUGUUUUGCUGUUGUCUCAUUUUUCUUACUCAAAUAUUAUUUGAUAAAAAAAGUAGAUAAAUCAAAUUCCAAGCUAUUAAUAAUUUUUUUCACAGGAGAAUGUCGGAAAAAGCUGAGCACCACGUACAUUAUGGUCGCCGUCAUAGCCCAAGUCAGUAUUUUUAAUUCUUCAAUGCUAUUGAAUGGGUUUUUAUGUCUAUCAUAGUAAUAUCUUAUAUAAGCACUUCUCGAAAUCCUAGAUUGUCCUCGGCAUAUUGGCCAGUAGCCUGUCAUUGGUCGCUGAUGGUACGAGAGCUUUCUCCGACCAUCUGGAACUUUUUCGGUACGACAGGAGUGCCGUUCCUAGCAAAAGAUUCAUUGGUGAGCUUUUCUUUGUUUCAUCACAACAUGACAAGCAUACUGAAGUUAACUUGGAGAGCAGGUUUUUGACUAUUAUUUGGAGAAGAAUACGAUAAUUAAAGCUUUAGCUUCCGUGAAUAAUGGUUCUGGAAAAUUGUACACGAAAAAAAAACUUUGUAAGUUUUAGAGAGUGCUUAAAUACAUAUUCGGUUUUAAAUUUGGUUUGGGACUGCCAAGUUCGAUGUUAGUUUGGGACUGCCAAUUUCGAUGUUAGUUUGGGACUGCCAAAUUUUGUUUUGGUUUGCGGCUGCCAAUUUUAAAUUUGGUUUGGGACUGCAAAUUUUAAAAUUGGUUUGGGACUGCCAGCUUUAAAUGUGGUUUGGGACUGCCAAAAUCGAUGUUAGUUUGGGACUGCCAAUUUUGAUUUUGGUUUGGGACUGCCAAUUUUUGUUUUGGUUUGGGACUGCCAAAUUCGAUAUUAGUUUGGGACUGCCACUUUUAAUUUUGGUUUGGGACUGCAAAUUUUAAAAUUGGUUUGGGACUGCCAGCUUUAAAUGUGGUUUGGGACUGCCAAAAUCGAUGUUAGUUUGGGACUGCCAAUUUUGAUUUUGGUUUGGGACUGCCAAUUUUUGUUUUGGUUUGGGACUGCCAAAUUCGAUAUUAGUUUGGGACUGCCACUUUUAAUUUUGGUUUGGGACUGCCAAAUUCGACGUCAGUUUGGGACCGCCAUUUAUAAUUUUGUUUUAGAACUGCCGAUUCGAUGUCACCUCAAUCUUUUUUUUGUCACUAUCUUGUUUCAGAAAUCAUCACCGUCGCAGUUUCCAGCAUAAUAAUCUUCGUCAUCUCCAUCAUCUUUCUACUAACUGCAUCCUCGAGAGCCUCUUCUCUGGAUUUCGACGUUAGUAAACUUUAUUUUAUUAGUUUAGAUCCUUGAUUACAGAUAAAUCUACUUUUCCUCUCGAUUGGUACGGCUAUUUCGCUCGCCACCAACACAGUUCAAAUGAUCGGUCACUUUCACGGCAAGUAUUUGACUAAAAGUCGGCAAACCCGAAAACAAUGGAAAAAGCAAGAAUCAGAUUCAAACUUUCGCGCGCAAGGUUACGCGCGAAGAGCGCGGGGUAGUACCGUCUAGUGCCUAUCCGCUCUUGUGAGCGGAUAUUUUUUUUAUAUUUGAGCUCUUUUUCUUUAAGGAUUUAUUCGAAUUUAUAAGCAAAGUUUUUUUAAAAUUAAGCCUAAGAUUACACGGCUGUCUGCCCCACGGAAAUCAUCGAUAUUUUUUUAAACGAUAUGUAUACUUUGGUGAAUUCCUGGGUUUUCUUUGAUUAUUUUUCGAAUAAAAUCAAUGAUUCUCAUUACUGUUUCAUCUAUUUCAGCUUGGAGGUCCGAUCCAGUGUACAGCCUCUCAAUCUAUGUAAAAACUCAUCGAAGCCGCGUGCUCCAUGGCGUUUUGUACCAUAUUUUGGCCUACUCGAUCCUCGUUUCCAGUAUCCUCAUUAUUAUCAGCGUGAGUUUUCUAUCCCAACUUCUUCCAAGUGGCACUCUUUAAUAACGGCUCUUCGGGUAAAUAGAGUAGAAAAACCAUUGAAAUCGGUAAACAUGGCGUGAUGAGCCACUCGAGUCUCCUUCCUUUCUUCGAAUCAAUCUUUUCAUUUUUCAUUUAAUUUCUAAAUCCCCUUUCUUUCAGAAAAACUUUUUAAUUGCUGAUUGCGUCACGACGUAUCUGAUAAGUUCACUAAUCAUCACAAACGUGGCCGCGACGAGUAUCAAGUGCUACCAAGAGUACUUUUCUUUGGAGAUUGCUAGAGAUGAAUAUGAGAGUUUAUAA